GCAUUAUCGGCCAGUUCGUCGUGGUGGCAGGUGCUUUUUUCGUCGUCGAUCAUCUCGGACUCACGUCGUCCUGUCGGCGUCCGAAAAUGCGAGCCUCCUGCGCGUUCGUCGUACUCUUGGCAAUUGCCGUGGCCACGGCGGAGGUGUAUCUCGACGAGAAAUUCAAUGAUGAUUCCUGGGAAAAGAAUUGGAUUUAUUCCGAGCAUCCUGGUAAGGAAUUCGGAAAGUUUGUUUUAAGUUAUGGAAAGUUCUGGAACGAUCAAGAAAAUGAUAAAGGUAUCCAGACAUCGCAAGACGCAAGGUUUUACGCUCUCAGUAAGAAAUUUACUCCAUUUAGUAAUAAGGAUAAAACCCUUGUUAUUCAAUUUACUGUAAAGCAUGAACAGAACAUUGACUGCGGAGGUGGAUAUGUUAAAGUAUUUGACUGUUCUCUCGAUCAGAAAGAUAUGCAUGGUGAAAGCCCUUAUCAGAUUAUGUUUGGACCAGAUAUCUGUGGACCUGGAACCAAAAAAGUUCAUGUUAUCUUUAGCUACAAAGGAAAGAAUCUUCUAAUUAACAAAGAUAUCCGUUGCAAAGAUGACAUUUAUACACAUUUGUAUACUCUGAUUGUCAAACCUGAUAAUACCUACCAGGUACUUAUUGAUAACGAGGAAGUUGAAUCUGGCGAAUUAGAGGCAGAUUGGAGCUUCCUCCCUCCGAAAAAGAUUAAGGAUCCAUCUCAAACCAAGCCCGCUGACUGGGACGACAAACCCAGCAUCGACGAUCCCAAUGAUAAGAAGCCUGAAGAUUGGGACAAGCCCGAGCACAUUCCUGAUCCUGAAGCAACUAAACCCGAAGAUUGGGAUGAUGAGAUGGACGGCGAAUGGGAAGCGCCCAUGAUCGACAAUCCCGAUUAUAAGGGUGAAUGGAAACCAAAACAAAUCGACAAUCCCAAUUACAAGGGACCGUGGAUCCAUCCCGAGAUUGAUAAUCCCGAAUACACGCCCGAUCCCGAAUUGUACAAUCGUGAUGAAAUCUGCGCUAUUGGUUUUGAUUUGUGGCAAGUUAAAUCUGGUACCAUUUUCGAUAACGUUUUGAUCACCGAUGAUCCGGAAGUCGCGCGCAAAUUUGGAGAAGAUGUCUGGAAACCCACUUUGGAAGGUGAGAAGAAGAUGAAAGAAUCACAGGAUGAGGAGGAAAGGAAACGGCGAGAUUUAGAAGCCAAGGAAAACGAAGAUAACAAGGAUGAUGAGGACGAUGAAGACGCAGAUGAGGAAGAGCACACUCACUCAGAUAAUGAUGCGCAUGACGAAUUGUAAAUAAAUGUGUCGCGUGUGAACACAAACACAGACUGUAUUCCAGGAGCUACGUGGUCGCGACACGCACUAAAUUCUCCCACAGGCAAAAAAUUGUAAUCUAAAAACACAAUAGCAAAAGAACAGAAUAAUACCCUUGUUGAUUAUGUCGCCCGUCGUAUUGUUCACAAGAACAUCAUAUUGAAUUCCAUUUUAAGCUUUUGAACCAAAAAUCUUACCCGGUUUUGCUAGUGUUUUUGGCCUUGGUAUCACAGCGCCUAAAACAUUCUUAGCCACCCAAAAAACUUUGUAUUCGAGUGAAUUUAUUAUCUUAAAAUAUUACACGCUUAACUCAAGUGAUCUACAUUUCUGCAAAGUGUGUGCUGGAAUACGGAAAGAACAGAUAUUAGAAAAUAGAAGAUACAAAAGGAAAA